GGUCAAUGACGUCAUUCAUCAAAACCACUGACUGCUGGGCUUAGCGCCACUGAUAUGGGACCUGAUUGUUUGUUAAAGAUGACGCCAAACGUGCUGCUGAUUUACAAGCUCCUCGAAUUGGAAAAUGGCCGAAAAACACUUGACCGAGGACUUCGCAGCUUCACUAACCGGGCCAAUGAAGAGGUUCAACGUUUCCUGAACGGGUCCCUUUCGACCUAUCAGUACGAUGAACUAUCGACGAUCUUGGACGCCAAGUGCCGAACUUUAAACAAUCUCCUCACUACAUUACAACACGCCACAAGUGAUCAACAAUUCUGUGCCGAGGCCCCUGCAGACAACGGAGACAUAACAAACCAGCUAUAUCUAUUUCCAGACAAAGUCGUUUUGACAACAGAUGUUCUUAAGUUUGGUCCCAUUUUAAGCAAUGUCCUUUUGGCGAGCUCCAUAACCAAGGCGAUCCAGGUGCUUGGAGCAACGCUCUCUUUUCAAUGUCUAAAGCAGCUCCUAGACCCUAAAGCUGUCAACGAUGACGUGUUCGAUAGCAUCCAGCCCAGCCAAAACACUGAUGCUGGACCUGCCGAUCACUCUUCUGAUUUUAAAAUUGAAGGCAAUGAGCUUGUUGUGUUCAAGGAGAAACCCCAAGUGAGGGUAGUGGUUGAACCUCCUCUAAUUAUCAUGUGUCAAAAGGGUUCCCUAGAGAUACUUCCAACAAAACCAGUAUCCCAGAAAACCAGCGAUCCUCAACCAACAAAUAUUCUUAUGAACACACAGUUCCCCUUCUUGGAACUUGAACACGAAGUCCCGAUACAACACAAGAAACAAACAUCUGAACAGCUAUUGACCUUCCUGCGGACGCACAAGGAAAGUGCCAGCGCGAAGCGGGACAAUUUGGCCUGGUUCAGACGCUAUUUCCAUCCUCCGUCAACGACACCAUCAAAGAUAACAAAACAGAGUAGCUUUAAAGAUGGUGGAAGUAGAAGUAUGACCGACAACACCAGGUGCAUCGAAUCCCCGCCAAAGGAGACGGCGUUGGCUGAAGAGGACUCCCGACCUCCCGUGUUCAGGUUGAAGCGUGUGGAGCCUGGAGGAGUUAAUAUCUACUCCUGCAUGGUCCUCACCGAGACGGAACUGUGGGACAUGGGAGAAGUGGUCACACCACUCAGACCCGUUGAACAAGUGGAAACCCAGGAAGGACAGCAAAACAAAGGGGUGGACAACAGUCACCGCGAGGUCUCUGCUGCUGAGGAACCGGGGGAAACACCACAGAGUCCCCAGUGUACAAACACCACAUGUGGUUUUACCCCAGCCAAGUCGCCACUCCCGAACAGUCCCGCCAGCAUCCCCGAGUUUGUGAUCGUUGCGUUCAAGGAGAUGGAGGUUGUGGUUUCCCAUGUGGUGUCCCCUGGACACUUCUACAUCCAGCGUCCAGACGUGUUGGCCAAGCAGCAGGCCCUGGUCAACGGCUGGAAAGGCCGCUCGUUUGCGGAGGAAAACAGCGUGCCAGACAUCGGGACCCUUGUAAUGGCUUUCUUCUCGGAGCAGAAGCAGUGGUGCAGGGCCCAAGUCCUGAGGAUAUGUGGCGUCGGUGGAGACGAUCAGCCCGGUGAGGGCACCGGUGGCAGUGGGACCAACAUCGCCGUACAGGUGUUCCGGCUGGACCACGGAGACAAGGCCACCGUCUCCUUGCGCAACGUGGGCCCCCUGACACCGGACAUGGCGAUCGGAUGA